GGUUUAUAUAAGGCGUCCUAGGAUGCGCACGAGAAAGAGGAUUAUUGCAGAUUGAUCAACGCUUUCUCUUUUGUUUGUUUCGUACGAGUCUUUAACAGCUAGCUAGUCAGCUGGCUACAUAAACGAACGACUACUGUUGCUAUUGUUUUGUUUGCCGAUUCCACCUCCAUAUCCAGUACCCCUUCCCUACCUAUACCUCAAUCCAGAACUACGUAAAUCCGAGCAAAAACGCAACAUGGCCGCCGAAAAACCAACGCUCGUCCUCGUCCCCGGCUCCUUCGUACCCCCUUCCUUCUACACCAACGUCAUAUCCGCCUUCUCCUCGAAGGGCUACUCCAUCCAAGCCGUAGAUACGUGCACCGUGGGUAAAAAGCCCGGAGCGCCGCCGACCAUGUACGAUGAUGCGGCGCACAUCGCUUCCGUGGUUAGCAAGCUGGCCGAUGAGGGAAAAGAUAUUGUGCUAGUCGCGCACUCGUACGGCGGUAUCCCGACGUCGGAGAGUCUGAAGGGAUUAAGUAAAGACACUAGGGAGAAGGAAGGGAAGAAAGGAGGGGUCGUGAGAGUCGCGUAUAUGACGGCGGUGGUGCCGGAGUUGGAGGAGAAUAGUGCGGCUGUGUUCAGUGUGCUGGGGGAUCAGGCGCCGAGCGCUUAUACGGCGGUUGAUGAGGAUGGAUGGAUGUUCCACCCCACACCCGAAAUCACCGCGGGCUACGUCUUCAGCGACCUCUCCCCGGAGGAGGGCUUAAAAUGGGUAAAUAAGUUCGAGCAGCACUCGGUGGUCAGCUUUACCAACGAGCUGACGUACGCGGGCUACAAGGAUGUGCCUGUUUCGUAUCUCUUCUGCGAGGAGGACAAGUGCGUGCCGCCGAUGGUGCAGCAGCGCUGCAUUGAUGUUAUUGAGAAGGCGAGUGGGAGAAAUGUGGACGUAACCAGGGUAAAGAAUGAUCACUGCCCGAGUGUGAGCGCGCCGGAGAAGGUGGUGGAUUGGUUUGUGCAUUUGGUCGAGAUAGGCGGGAAGGCGUAGGCGGCCCGACUGAUCAAUCGGGUUGUGGCGAGUUUGGUAGGCGGAUAUGUACAUCAGCGAGUGAGUAUCCAAGUCGUCUAAUCCAUAUAUCAAGGUGGUCCGCUACUCUGGGCCUCCGGGUCUCCUUGGUCGUCUUCUCCAUCCUUAUGCACUUC